AAAGGACGGCACGACGUACACGCCAAACAUGUGUAUAUAAAGUAAAGUAAUAAACUAAGUUAAAGGUUUAAGUUUUUAUCGUUUUUUAUUAAUUAGAUAAUUAAAAGUAAUUUCGAACGGUUUUCUACAGUCCACUUUAAAAACGUAACAUGGUCCUUCGUCCGCGAUUGUAUACCAGCGUCGUGAGAUCUUUUUAGUUUAUAAGUGUCGAUUGAUAAAGAUUAAUAGAAUCUUUAUCGAGGUACAGUUUAUUCGUAAAUCAAAAUACAAUUGAUUUGCCUCUGUGCUGUGCUACACAACUUAGUGUAUUGCACAUAUAGUAACUGUGCGAUUUAAAAAUAGUUGAUUUUCGUUUAAUUUUUCGUUUUGCUUACACAAAUCAGUGAAGCACUUAAGUUCACCAUAAAGUGUACUUGAAGGUCAUUGGGACCAACGUACAUGUGUGUUUUUUCACACGAAAAGUAUUAAUAUCAGUGCCAUUGUCAUUCCAAUUGGAUUACCUCUCGAGAAAAAGUCCAGCGUUGAAAGAAUUAAUAGAAAAUUUGGAAAACCAAGGUAAGAGUCGCCUUCCUAAUUUUUCCUGUCCGUAUUUAUUCUAGUAUAUCGUAUAUGUGGUUUUAUCCAAGUAAAAAAAAAAAAAAAAAAAGUAAAGAAUAUUAUAGCAAGUGCGUGCGUUAGUAUAGUAGAAAAUUCCUAAAGAUAAGCUUACCUAAUAAGCGUCUGAUUAUAAUUUACGAGCUAUAUAGUAUAGUAUAAGUGUAACGCGAUAAGUUAUUGAAAAGUUUUUUUUUUUUUUUUUAUUUUCAUCGAAACGGUAUUCUCCCAUAGCUGUCGAAAUGAGUGAUAUUAUAAAUCUAAAUAAGCGUAGGGGACAACUUAAAGGUUCAAUAACAAGAUUUUUAAGCAUUGUAAAUACUGAAAAUCCAGAUUUAAUAAAUAUUAGGUUGCGUAGAGAGAAGCUGGAAGAAAUAUGGAGUGAGUAUCAACAGGUACAAUCGGAAAUUGAUAUAGAAGAAAAUGUAGAUGAAGAAGAACAAAAUAAAUAUAGAGAGGAAUUUGAGGAUUUAUAUUUUGAGGCUCAAUCCAAAGCGGUUAAACUUUUGGAACAUCCGAUAGAGUCGCCUAUACGAAAAUAUAGUGAUACGUUGCCGAUGUCAAGGCCUAAUUUAAUAAGCAAUUGUACACCACACCCAAGAAUAAAUUUACCUCAGAUAACUAUUCCUACAUUUACGGGUGAUCAUAAGCAAUGGCCAGUAUUUUUCGAUUUAUUUUUAUCUCUAAUACAUAAUAAUAAUGAUUUAGCAGAGAUACAGAAGUUUUUUUAUUUACGUUCUGUAUUAGCUGGGGAAGCGUUGUUAAGCAUCCAUUGCUUAGAAACAACUGCAAAUAACUACCAGACAGCGUGGAAUAUUUUGGUUAAACGAUAUAGUAACAAAAGAAUAAUGGUUUCUAAGCAUGUAAAAGCUUUAUUUGAGUUGGAGUCUUUGACCAGCGAAUCAGCAGUUAGAUUGAAAAGUUUAGCGGAUGAAGUGUUGGGGCACAUGCGAGCUUUGGAGUCGCUUGGCCAAGAGCCUGAACGGUGGGGCCCUCUUUUCAUUCAUUUAAUUUGUUCGAAACUCGACAAGAACACAUUGCAGGAAUGGGAGUCUAUUUCACAUAGUGAAGAAACAGCGGAAGUGUCACAUUUAAUUGAUUUUGUUGAGAGGCGAUAUAAGGUUUUAGAGGCUGUCGAAAGUGCUCGUAGCAUACAUAAUAGAACUAAAUCUGUACAACCUCAUUUCAUUGCAAAAAGAAAUUAUCAAAAAUCUACCUUAGUAACGUCGGCGUCUACUUUAAAUUGUUAUUGUUGUAACGAGCAACACACUAUAUAUCGGUGUCCGAAACUGUUGUCGUUGUCCAUUUCAGAGAGAAUUAAAAAGAUAUCUGAUCUGAAUUUAUGUAAAAUUUGUUUAUUAUUACACCCUAACAAAAAAAUGUUAUGCACGCCGAUGCGUUCAAUGAAAAAAUGGUGCAACUACUAA